UGAGUGGUUUCUGCUCUUUCUCUCAGCUUUUUCCACUCUCGUUGUGCUUCUUGUUGGGCGAAUAAAAUCCAGUCGAAAGGGCUUUUUUUUUAUGCUUGCGCCGGCGCCGGAGGUCGAGGUUUCCGGCGAGCCCGCUGUGGCGGCACGAUUGGUCGUUCUCCAGCGGCGGAGGUUGCGGGGAUGGGCAUUUUGGGGCCUUCGCAUGGACAAAGGUGAAGAGGACUAGGGCUGAGAUAUUCAGAUACCUGUGGAAGAAGACGAAACCCUGAUUAUACUAUCUAAUCUGAGGGAUAUCCAUGAGCAUUUUGGUUACCAUUCUGAUAGAAGCUUUCUGUUUUCUAGUGUAGACAAAGUGUGCAGUGCUCCUUAACAACUUACCUGUCUGCCAGCGGAAAGUUACCCAUUGAAGUUGCAUUGUUGGAUUUCAUUUCCCAUCUGCCUCUAUUUCAAGAUUGAUAUCAUUGACAUUUGCAGCUUAACAGGUUUUUUGCUUGACUAGCCAUCUGUACUGCAAAAAGUUCUUCCAGAAAUAAGUUAUUUAUCAUCAUUAUGUCCAUGGCAUCUUUCCCUGCUCUUGGUCCUGCAUUUGUCAUUUCUAUGGGAUAUGUAGACCUUGGAAAAUGGUUGGCAGCUGUGGAUGGAGGAGUCCGAUUUGGAAAUGACCUGAUGUUAUUAGUUCUGUUUUUCAACUUUACUGCCAUUCUGUGUCAGUAUCUCGCAACUUGUGUUGGCAUUGUCACCGAAAAAAAUCUUGCAGAGAUAUGCAGAGAUGAAUAUUCAGGAACAACCUGUAUGAUAUUGGGAGUUCAAGCAGAGCUAUCCCUGAUUAUUUCAGAUUUAACUAUGAUUCUGGGAGUAGCACAAGGUUUCAAUCUUCUGUUUGGUGUUGACUUAUUUGCAUGUGCCUGGUCAGCUGCAGCUGGCUCUAUUAUUUUGCCCCUUUUGACACAUCCUUUGAUGCAGAAUGAUCGGAAGGCUGGACUUAUGUGUGAAAUUAUAUCUGGUAUGGCUUUGGUUUUCUAUGUGCUUGGGGUACUAAUCAGUCAACCAGAAAUUCCUCUUGCAAAGAAUAUUAUGUUUCCGAAAUUGAGUGGAGAGAGUGCAUACUCUCUUAUGGCUCUUCUUGGUGCGAAUAUAAUGGUGCAUAAUUUUUAUGUUCACUCUUCAGUUGUUCAGGUAAAGUUGACUCAACUGUAUAUUUCUUUUCCUAACUCGGUCAUGAACUUGAUGAAGUUUUAAAUUUUCUACUGUUGUUCUAUGCCAGGAUUAUGCUAAGAUCUUUUAAUUCCUAAUUAUUCAAGAGAAAUGAGUUCUAUAAUGCAGGUCAUUUUUUUUCUAGAAGUAUAAAAAAUUAAUACAAACCAUCAAAGUUGAAGGUGUGGAUCAUAGAGAAGGAACCAAUUAAUCCUGACACAUUUUUGUAUACAUCUCUGUCUUCAUUUUCUACUAUUUCAUUGAAAUCUUCCAUGUGAUUUUAGUUGGGAGGAAUUUUCAUUUGGAUAUUUUAAUAUUGUAUGUGUAUUGUUAGCAAAUAAUGGAGAAUGGUGGCAAAAGGCGAUUUGCUUGCCCUAGCGCCUCCGUUAGUCCGUCCCCAGGCCAACACAAAAGAAGUAAAUCAAGGGUGGCUACUAACCUUGGACUUGAAUAGCUCAUGGGGGAGUGCAGGCUCCCGGCUACUAGUCGGGAUUUGACCCCCGGACCUCAUGGUGGCAAUACCAUCAUGCACUAGCCAACUAUCCGUCCUGAGGGGACUUUUCAUCCCUGCUAAUACAGUGAUGAGAAGUUGUUGAUUAAAUAGU